UCUGCCAAUUCAUUGAUUGAUUUCCAUUCAAAGAAGCUGCAGUACAGCUUUUAUGAAGGACUGAGCUGGGUGGAAAGGACAAGCAUAGUCGGGACAGGGGCGGACUGACAACUCAUGGGGCCCCCGGGCAAUAGGAGAUCGAUGGGGCGCCUGAGUCCUUGGCCACACUCAAAGCACACCCAAAAAAAGCCUAUAAAAGGUACCAGGAGAAUUUAUAUAGGGCCCCUACUGACCCCGGGCCCUUGGCCAGUGCCCGAGUGCUCGAAUGGUCUGUCCGCCCCU